AUGUCGUUUUACAACAACGACAGCAGCAACUACGAGGCUGCGCCCACCGAGCCGCCGCCCUCCUACGAUUCCGUCGACAAGCAACCCGCCCCCGUCGCCGGCGGAGCACCAGCGCCACCGAGGCCUGGACAGCCGCGCGCACCGCUGCCCCUCGAGCUGUCCGCCUUGACGAACCUACGUGGCAAGAGAGUGAUCCUGGCCUCGGGUUCUCCGCGACGGAGACAACUGCUCGCUCAAAUCGGUCUCCGCGACCUCGAAGUCAUCCCCUCGGCGUUCCCCGAAGAUCUGUCCAAGACGCUCGCUCCCUUCGAAUAUGUGCUGCAGACGGCGACGCAGAAGGCCAUGACGGUGUACGAGCAGGAGAUCGACAACAAGGAGAAGGGCGAGCCGGCGCUGAUCAUCGCCGCCGACACCGUCGUCGUCGGCCACUAUGGCGAGAUCCUGGAGAAGCCGCGGUCGGAGCGCGAGCACGUUGAGAUGCUCAAGAGCCUGCGGGACCACGGCGAGCACAAGGUCUUCACCGCCGUGGCGUGCAUGCGGCCGCUGGAGAGCGCCAGGGACCCGGGCUACGCUAUGAAGACGCAUGUGGAGGACACGACGGUCAAGUUCGAUAAGUCGAUCACGGACGAGCUGAUCGUUGCGUACGUCAGAACAAGGGAAGGCGCCGACAAGGCCGGCGGCUACGGCAUUCAGGGAAUCGGCUCCAUCCUGGUCGACCGGAUAGAGGGCACGUUUGACAAUGUUGUCGGCCUGCCGCUGAGGGCUACCUUGAAGCUUAUCGAAGAUGUCACGAAGUCCGAGGAGGAGAUGGAGGAAGAAUUGGCUGAGGCCGAUGUGAACAUUUUGUGA